UAAGAGCGAGCAAAGCUUACACCGCUUCUCUCUUUCCAUUUCUCGAGCAUACGGAGAAAUGGGUAACUGGAUAUCCAAGGUUCUUUCCAAGAUCAAGAAGAUCUUUGAGAAAAACAGUACACAAAAAGCUGCUGCUGAACAAGCAUGCAAAUCAUUUGAUGAUUCCAAGGAAACCAUCAACAAGGAGUUCGAAGAGAAGAAAGCAGAACUCCAACCCAAAGUAAUUGAAAUCUUUGAAGCUUCAUCCACUGAAAUUAAGACAAUUGUGAAGGAACGAAAGGAUGCUGGAAUCAAGAAGAACUCAGCAGCAGUUCAUAAUUUCUUGGAGGAAUUAGUAAAAAUUGACUUUCCAGGAUCCAAACAAGUCUAUGAAGCAUCUUCAAAAUACGGGCCUAUGGCAGUUUCAGGCCCAAUCGUAUAUGUUUUUGAGAUGGUGUAUGACUUAUUCAGUACAGAAGAGAAAGAAGUACAAGCAACAAUUUCAGAAGCUAGCAAGGAGAAGGAAAUUGGAGUAGAAGAAGAGGAAGAGAAAGAGAAGAACGUGGAGGAAAAGAACAGGGAGGAAGAAAUAGAGAAAGAAAAAUCUGAAAUUGUGAUGGAACUGGUGGAGCCAUCAAAGGUCAAGGAAGAGGAAGAAAUACCAAAGCCAUAGAGAUCUUGAUCUCAUGGUCUGUCUCCUUCUAGGAAACUAACUACCUUUGUCACAUGAGUAGUUAUUCUUUCCUUCUUUUUCUUUUUUCCCCUUUUCUCUUUGGGUUACUGUUUUCUUUCUAUGCAUGGAUGUCUUCUUUCCUUUCUCAUAGCUAGUGUUUUCAGUAUCUUAUUAUCACUAAUCUUCUUUUAUGCC